GUAUGCUACAGCUCGGAACAAUCGCUUACACAUAGGGGACCGCUCAGAACUUAUUUAACUGUGGCAGGCGCAACAAGAAUUUUCAGUAACGCAGAUUUUAGACUGAGUAGGGAACACGGGGUAAUUUCGCGCACGAAUGUCCUAAACUGAACACCAUACUAAAUAACCAACCGUAAGGCGUGAGUGCUUCGCAGGACGAACUUAACUUUUCCCUCCCCUUCCGGAAGUGACUAACUGUCGCUAUAGCAACUGGCAGCAGAGCGGAGGAAGAUGGCAACUCAGGAAGCCGGAGUAGAUUUGCUCGGGAUACAGCAUGGCACAUUGUUGUCUCCUCCUCACUUACAGCCACCGUAUGAUAAUCAGGACUGUGCCCGGGACUUCCAACGUUACUUAAGCAAGCUGCACAGCCUGCGGCCCUCCGAUUCGGAGACUUUUCGUACUGAAAUCAACCUCCUCUUGGACCAGCUGAUUUCCCAGGACUACACACCAGGAGUGACAGGGUUCGGCCAAGAGGAGGUUUGUGCUAUACUUGUUCAAGCUUGUCGUUUAGUUCAGCAUAACCAGGAGCACCUUGUCAGCAAAGUUUGUCAGCUUGUGCACUACUUACUCAACAGACUUCAGGUCAUUGUUGAUGAACAGAACCUGGAUUUUCUUCUUGCCUUUUCCAUUUCUGCUUUGAAACAGUGUAGCUCAUGGACCCAUGCUGAUAUUCUACAUGCCUUAGCAGCUUUAGUUUACAACAAUGGAUCAAAAUGCCAGAAGUAUCUUCAUGAACUUUUGGGCUCCACUGGAAUCUUGGUGCGUCUUUGCGAUCUCAAUCAACCUGACCCUGAGUUAUGGAGAGCAGCUAUACAUUGCAUGGCUAAUCUUUGCCUUGGUGUUCCUGGGCAGCCAUACCUGGAUGAUCCAUAUAGAAUGACAUGUUUUCAAAACUUUCUCACUGCGCUUCAGACCCCUAAACCUAAUAUUGUGGAUGAAAUUGCAGUUUGCACACUGCUGCAAAAUGCUUUAAAAGGAAUACAGUCACUCUUAAAUGGUAGCAAGAUGAAAUUGUUGGAGACAGGUCAGCUUGGCUCACUACUUGCUGUACUUAAGAAAUAUAUGUUUCACGGGCUUCCAGGGCUCAGUAUAGAAAUGCCCUCAGUACUUUAUCCUACUCCACUCGCUCAGUAUGAUGGAAGAUCACCUACAAAACCUGAGCAACCAGAGGCAAAUGUGAAUCAGCCCACAUGGAACAAGAAGAAAAGGAAAGUAGGCAAGCAAAAGAAAGGACAUCAUGGAGAAGAAUCUAAAGAAGAAUUAAAGAAUGAAAUUGGAGCAGAAAUAAAUCGCUUUGAAAAAAUGAGAUUGUGUGCUGGUGAGGCACAGUGUAAUCUCUACUUAGGCCCUCAAAAAUCCCCUUUAAAACCUCACCAAGGACAAGCAGAGAAGGAUCAAAUCUCACCACAAGUUCAGAGAUAUAAAAUGAUGAACAGCAGUGACUCUGAAUAUUCUGAUGCAGAAGGCAGCUUGCAGAAUAAAAUAAGGUCUUUCCAAGCCAAAGUACGACAAGGUGCCUUAUCAUGCUUCCUGUCUACAAUAAAGUCCAUUGAGAAAAAGGUUCUUUAUGGUUAUUGGUCCGCCUUUGUUCCAGACAUUUCUGGAAUUGGAAGUCCACAGUCUGUGUCUUUGAUGACAAUUGCACUUAAAGACAGUUCUCCAAAGACGCGUGCAUGUGCUCUGCAAGUUCUCUCUGCCAUUUUAGAUGGGUCUAAACAGUUUCUCUCUGUUGCUGAUGAUGCAAAUGACCACAAGAGGGCAUUCACUCCCCUUUCUGUUACCCUUGCAUCAAGCAUCAGGGAGCUCCACAGAUGUCUACUUUUAGCAAUAGUGGCUGAGUCGUCGGCGCAAACUCUGACACAGAUUAUUAAGUGCCUUGCAAACUUGGUUUCCAAUGCACCUUAUCACAGAUUAAAACCUGGAUUGCUCACUCGAGUUUGGAACCAAAUUAAACAUUAUAUUCGAAAUAAAGAUGUCAAUGUCCGUGUCUCUAGCCUUACAUUAUUAGGUGCCAUUGUAUCUGCUCAGGUACCUUUACCCGAGGUACAGCUUCUUUUACAACAACCAGUGUACUCGCUAUCACAAAAUAGUGGCUCUGCUACUCCGAAUGACCCUGAAAGUAGUAGAAAAGAAUCACUGUUGGAAGGGCAGAAGAAAAAUGGCCUCCAUUCUGAGCACUCCCAGUCUGAGUCUUGCUGGCUUAUACGACUGUGCAUCACACUAGUGGUUGAACCACGAGAAGACCCUUAUUCAGAUAGUGAAGCCAGCUCCACACAAGCAGUCAUUUAUGAACCCUCUCCAGUACGACUAGAAGCGUUGCAGGUUUUAGCAUGUCUUGUUAAAGGCUAUUUUAAUAUGGCACAGAGCUACCUAAUAGAACUUGGUGAGGUGGCUUGCAAGUGUAUGCAAGAAACCGAUGCUUCAGUCCAGCUUCAUGGUGCUAAGCUGUUAGAAGAGCUGGGUACAGGGAUAAUUCAGCAGCAGAAACCAGAUUCUGUAGUUCCCAUAAAUCUGAGGGUUCCAAUUAAUCAGGCUGUAACAUUUUGGAACAUGAUUUUAAAUGGCCCCUUGCCUGCAGCUUUGCAAAAUGAACAGCAUCCCACUCUCCAGACAAGUGCCUGUGAUGCUUUGUCAUCUGUUUUGCCAGAAGCUUUCAGCAAUUUGCCAGAUGAUCGUCAGAUUCUUUGCAUAACCCUGUUGCUGGGUUUGAAUCACAGUGAGAAUCCCCUAGUAAAAGCUGCAGCUGCUCGAGCACUUGGAGUUUAUAUUCUCUUUCCUUGCCUUCGGCAGGAUGUAAUGUUUGUGGCCGAUACAGCAAAUGCAAUUUUAAUGUCUCUUGGUGAUCGAUCUCCAAAUGUCCGAGCUAAGGCUGCCUGGUCUUUGGGAAACCUUACAGAUAGUCUUAUUGUUAACAUGGAAGCCAUGGGACAAAGUUUUCAAGAGGAAUUUUCAGACAUGCUGCUGCUAAAAAUGCUCUGGUCAGCAACUGAAGCAUCCAAAGACAAAGAUAAGGUAAAGAGUAACGCGGUUCGUGCCUUAGGAAAUCUGCUGCACUUUUUGCAGCCUUAUCAUAUUGUAAAACCAAGGUUCUGCGAAAGCAUUGAAUGUGCUAUUCAGGCUCUGGUUUCAACAGUUCUAGGAGAUGGCACCAUGAAGGUCAAAUGGAAUGCUUGCUACGCACUAGGGAACGUGUUUAAAAAUACAGCUUUACCACUUGGGAAAGCUGCAUGGACAGCAUCUGCUUACAGUGCUCUUACAACUGUUGUGAAGGCUUGUAAGAAUUUCAAGGUCCGGAUAAAAUCAGCUAUGGCUCUUUCCAUACCUUUUAGCCGAGAACAAUAUGGAAGCACUGAACAAUAUUGCAAUAUUUGGAAUGCAUUGGUGACAGCACUGCAAAAAAGUGAGGAUACUGAAGACUUCCUGGAGUUCAAGUAUAGUGCUAGCUUACGUGAACAAAUUUGUCAAGCAUUGAUACACUUGCUAAGCUUGGCCAGCCAGGAAGACUUGCCUGGAAUUAGAAAAACUCUUCUGGAGAAAGGGGAUUCAAUCAGAAACUAUGUACUGCACUAUGUGAAAUCAGAAGUCCAAGGGGAUGAAUUACAGAAAGAACAUCAAGACAGAGACAAAAUGCUUCAGAGGGCAAUAGAUCAUUUAAGGAGUUUUGAGGAACUGUCUGAAAGCAAGAAAAUACACAUUGAAGUGGCUUAUUUUGAGGCCAUAUUAGUGAGCUGUGAAAAAGAAAUGGAAGUGUUGUAACCAAUACUACAACAGUUGUUUUGAGCAGAGUCCUCCUCACAGUUUUCUUUAAAUAAUAGAUCAAGUAAUUGUAAAGUCAUGUAGUUUUGUUUUCCUCUGACAAUGGUUGAAAUAUUAACUAAAUACUAAAUAUCUUACCUAAA